CGACAGGUGCAUUGUUCACUUGCCGCCGAGCCUGAGAGGAAGCUAUUCUUCCGACGUGACCCGCUGAUGACAGCAAGUCAGAGCAACUUUGAAGUGCUGACCAAUCAGCUUCCAACAAUCCUCAUCGAGGAUCAUGAUCUAAUCUCAAAAAUUACACCCCUGCCUCUUGGAGGAAAAAAUUACCGUUUGGCAAGCACACGACAUUUUGCUGAUUAUUCUCCCAGCUGAUUUGGUGCUCCCUCCAGCUCACAUUGUUAAGGAACGCUUAAUUAUCUUGUAAAAGUGCUGCGAGCGUCAUGCAUGAGUCCGGCUGAAUCGGGCGCUGUGUGUUACUACACCUGUGUGUUUGCCUAGCCGCUGGCCGUGAAAGCAGACUUGUUUUCGGGCGGGGAGCACGGACUGAGAUUGCGUUCAGCCGGGAUCCCUCUUGUUACCGCCGACAGCUGUCACAAGUGUAUGCGCCUCCGUCAGCCAAGGCCUCUCUACGUCUUUUUGUUUUCGCUCCGUUAGCAAACGUGGAGUCGGCAGGAGUGUGUACAUACGGAGGGACCGUUGCCAUGGUUUCCCCACCUACGACCCGUUCCUGACUGCGGGCUAAGUGCCGCUUGUACAGAUUAAAUGUGAACACGGGGUGACCGCACGCUUCAGUUGGAACAAGGGACACGGCGAGGGAAGGGCCCCAUCAUGGUGCAAUAUCCGGGGGCACGGGUCCUACUACUGUACCUGUGCUACCUGACGAACGUCCACGGACUUAGAAACUAUGGAACGAUCGACUUCGGCAGAUAUUGCGGCUCCGGUCACUUCGAGGAGGCUGACCACGCCGGGUACAUACAGUACAAGCCGGAGACAGGCUCUACCGCCCGCUGCAGCCUGCGGUUAAACCCUCCGGUGGGCGCCAUCGCCUUCUACUUACAGUUCAACAACCUCACCCUGGACUGCUCCUACCAGUCGCUGAAGGUGUACGAGAGGACGAAGGUGUACGAACCCGGCACGAUACUGGUCGACUUCUGCUCGGAGAGCGCCGACGACGUGACGGAGAUUACGUCAACAGAAAAGAGCAUCGGCAUCGAGUUUUUGUCCAACCCUAACAAGGACGACUUUGAUGUCAAACCCGCCAGUUUUCUCAUCAUGUACACGGUCUUCUCUGGAUCAAUUGAAGGUCUCGGCUUGUGUCCACUGGAACACAUCGGCCCGGGCUUCAUGCAGCCGCAGUUUAAGUGUGCGAACGGCCGCUGUAUCCACGCUGAACUGGAAUGUGACGGGAUCAACAACUGUGGUGAUUCCAGUGACGAGUCGAACCUGGACCACCAGACGAACUGUGACCGGCUGAAGGACCCUCCUGGAAACAGAACGGACCUGCCCCAUGCCCAAGUGAGCGAAGUUCAUCGUCCUAGCAACUUCCCCACCACCCUGAGUGCGCAUGACCAAGAGGCCACGUACGGCGGGCACGGGCUGAGUAACGGAGCCAUCGUCGCCAUCGUCAUCAUCGCUUUCGUCUCGGUGGGAAUCAUCAUCUUCGCCGCCGCCGUGCGCUACACACGGUUCCGCGACAAAUUCCAAGGAGGCGCUACUCAGAGGAGUAUAGACUACGAGUACACAGAGAGCCCAGCGUACGAGCCGUCCGAGAGGGUGGCUCGGCUGGUGAUACGGGACGGGAGAGCCAUCAUCACUCGGGGGUACAUCCCCACACACAGCGUCGGGAGUACUAGUACCAGUGCCACGGAUGACCGGGCGGCCUCUACACACACCUUGAACGGAGACUGUUCUAACGCAGCAAACUCCCAGGCAAACGGCCACGUGGUGCUACCGACAAGAUCUGGUAGUGAUAAACCAAGUUUACAGCCGUUGCUAGGAGACCGAAAGGGAAGCGACAGUGACGGUUCACUGCUGCCCUCCUACCCGCCCCCUCCUUAUGCAGACCUGUAUCAUCAAGUCUAUGAUCGCACACUAGAUUCCUCAGCUGUAUAACACCAGGCUUGGAUAGCACGAAGUUUUGUAAAUAUAAUUAUUGUACAUUUGAGUGUACAUAUCUGUAUAUGUUGCUGUGUUAACAUAUUUACGUGAAUUUAUAAUAUUGAUAUCAAUUUUAUUGAAAUUUGGAAUAAAACUGCAAUCAUUUCUGUUUCAACAAUA